UUGGAGUUUUGGAGGGCCUGGAUAAUUCUUAGGUUUAUUCGCCAAGGGAUAUUCUUAUCCGCCGAUCUGUCAAAAAAUGUAAAUGUAAGACUAUGAUUGAAGUUUAAGGUUUCUAACAUACGGUAAUGCAAUCGAAGCAAGUUACCCGAUUUAGUCGGAUUAUUGGACGAAUGUAGAAAGAAACCUUUUAAGCGAUAUUGGAAAUACCAUUUAUUUUUUAAAUGCCAUUAUGGCUCUCCGUAAAGUAAAAGGAAAUUUUGAACGGAUGUUCGACAAAAAUCUAACCGAUCUAGUACGCGGGAUUAGAAACAAUAAAGAGAACGAGGCCAAGUAUAUUGCACAGUGCAUUGAAGAAAUUAAACAAGAAUUACGACAAGAUAAUGUUGCGGUUAAAGCGAAUGCUGUUGCAAAGCUAACAUAUCUUCAAAUGUUGGGCUAUGACAUUAGUUGGGCUGGCUUUAAUAUAAUUGAAGUAAUGUCAUCUGCCAAAUUUACGUACAAACGAAUUGGUUAUUUGGCGGCAAGUCAGAGUUUUCAUGCAGAUACAGAACUUCUGAUGUUAACUACCAACAUGAUUCGCAAAGACUUAAAUAGUCAAAAUCAGUAUGAUGCUGGUUUGGCUUUAAGUGGUUUAUCUUGCUUUAUAACAUCAGAUCUUGCACGUGAUUUAGUCAAUGACAUAAUGACGUUAUUAACUUCUACCAAACCAUAUCUUCGCAAAAAAGCUGUGCUAAUGAUGUACAAAGUUUUUUUGCGAUUUCCAGAGGCCUUGAGGCCUGCAUUUCCUAGAUUGAAAGAAAAAUUAGAAGAUCCGGAUAGUGGUGUACAAAGUGCUGCUGUUAAUGUUGUUUGUGAAUUAGCAAGAAAAAAUCCAAAAAAUUAUUUAAGUUUAGCACCUGUUUUUUUCAAACUCAUGACAACUUCUACAAAUAAUUGGAUGUUAAUAAAAAUUAUUAAACUGUUUGGCGCAUUGACACCUCUAGAACCUAGGCUUGGCAAAAAAUUAAUAGAACCCCUUACAAAUUUGAUACACAGUACAUCAGCAAUGUCCUUGCUGUAUGAAUGUAUAAAUACAGUAAUAGCUGUAUUAAUUUCGAUUUCCUCUGGUAUGCCAAAUCACUCAGAUUCAAUCCAAUUAUGUGUUCAAAAAUUGAGAAUAUUAAUAGAGGAUUCUGAUCAAAACUUGAAGUACUUGGGACUGUUAGCAAUGUCAAAGAUUUUAAAGACUCAUCCUAAAAGUGUGCAAGCCCACAAAGAUCUUAUAAUGCAAUGUUUAGAUGAUAAAGAUGAAAGUAUAAGAUUGCGUGCCUUGGAUUUAUUAUACGGAAUGGUUUCAAAGAAGAAUUUAAUGGAGAUAGUUAGAAAAUUAAUGGUACACAUGGAUAAAGCAGAAGGCACUGCUUACAGAGAUGAAUUACUCUCGAAAAUUAUUCAGAUCUGUUCACAAAAUAAUUAUCAAUUUGUUACUUAUUUUGAAUGGUACAUAUCUGUAUUGGUUGAAUUAACACGAAUGGAAGGUACCAAACAUGGACCAUUAGUAGCAACUCAAUUACUUGAUGUAGCGAUUCGUGUACAAGCUAUACGAAAAUAUGCAGUCCAACAAUGUGCCUUACUGCUAGAAAAUUCAUAUCUCCUAACAGGCCAACCAAGAGCAACAAUGUCUGAAGUUUUAUAUGCUGCUGCAUGGAUUUGUGGAGAAUUCUCUAGUGAACUAGAAGAUCCUUUAGCAACAUUACAAUCGAUGUUACGAUCACAAGCUUCUAGCUUACCAGGACAUAUUCAAGCUGUUUAUGUCCAUAACAUCUUAAAACUUGCUACAGCAACGUUAUAUAAAGCUGAAAAAGAUGGAGAUACUGAAACUAUGGAACAGAUUUUUGCGUUAAAAGAUAAAAUAGCAGCUUUUGUGUGCAGUGGGGAUUUAGAGGUUCAAGAAAGAUCUAGUUCUGCGUUGGUAUUACUUGAAUGUUUGAAAGAAAAUCCUGGUUUGGUAGAAGAAUUGAUGGAAGCGUUUGAAGGAGAACUCAAUCCUGUUGCUCCCAAAGCACAGAGGAAGGUGCCGAUUCCUGAAGAUUUAGAUUUAGAUUCAUGGAUCAAUGAUCCUCCAUCUGAAAGUUCAGACUCAGAAGAUUUAGAUAUGAAUGACAUAUUUAUUAAGACGGAUAAAACAAGUGAUUCCUACUCUAAACGAGAAUUAAUCGAGCCCUCAGCAGAAGAACUUCAGAAACGUCGCGAUGCUAGAAAAUUGGAGCAAGAAAAUAAUCCUCAUUAUUUGAAAGGCACAUUCAAGAAUUCUGCUUCGUAUCAUAAUUCAUCAAGUAUUUAUGAAGAAUUUGAAAACAUUCCUGUAGCGGAGUUAGAUAUUCCAGUUUCUUUGAAAAUUACAAACAAUCAUAAAAGAUAUAAAGUACACAGCAGAAAGAAGAAGAAGUCCAAGAAAAAUAAAAAGGCCACUUCGGAAGAUGAACAAGACGAUAGUUAUCCUGUUCAAGUGGUGAAUACUGGAGUAGGUGAACUUCCACCAGGAGCAGAAUUAAGUGACAGCGAUGAUUAUGAUCAAGUUGAUUUAAAUGAUCCACACAGAGCCUUAAAUAUUGACUUAGAUUUACCUUUGAGAGACGAUGAAAGGCUACCUGUUCUAGAGCAUAGAGUUAUUGAAAAUAAUAUGAUUCAUGGAAGUGGUGAAAGUAAAGGGAAGAAAAAAGAACAAGGAUAUAAAAAAUCUAAAAAGAAAGUUAAAGAGGUUAAAGAGAGACGCCAUGACAAUCAGUUGGAACUUACUAAUAUGUGGUUGGAAGAUAAUGCUUCGUCAGACAAACUUCAGUCUCCUAUUGUUAACGAAUAUACAGAAGUAUUCAGUGAAAAAGAAUCGGAACAAAAGGAUACUAAACGUAAGAAAUCGAAAAGCCACGACAAACACAAGAAAACAGACGAGGAUUCCAAGCAUCGAAAAUCAAAGAAAUCUAAAAGCAAAAAGGAUAAGAAGUCUGCGGAUUACGAAGAAACAGCUGGAAUAUCAACACCAUCGAAAGAGAUAUUACCAGACUUAAAAUAUAAUUUUACGAAUUCAGCAGAUAGUACAACCUUAGUGCAGCCAACAAAUUCGUAUGAAGAAUUAGCUAAAAACAAAGUGCUUUCUCUAACGUACGAAUUGAAACAAAUUUCUGACGAAUCAGAUAAUCUAGUUGCAACAAUACUCAUUACAAAUAAUUGUCAAAAGCUCGUGAAGGACUUAGUAUUUGAUGUUCCGGAUACGCCUACAUUGAGAUUAAUGAAAGAUGUUGGAGAUGAAUUUGGAAUAAAACUGCCUUUCCAACUGCCUCCGGAAUCUAGUAAAGAAACACAGUUUAUUAUUUUAAUCUCAGACGAUACAUUUGCUCAGACGUUAAGGGGCACACUUACGUAUAUGUUAGAAAACAAGGAAAAUACAGUUCAGGAGAAACUUGAUUUUAGUAUGCAUUUGAGGUGCAGUAAAUUUAUGGUUGGUUACCUUCCACAUAGGGACAUACUAACGGAAUUACUUAAAAGUCGUCAAUUCAUUUGCAAGAAUAGACGCCUUAGAAAAUUAGUUUCUUUUUCGGAAAAUUUUGAUGUUAUUUUAAAUGCAAUUUGCUGCAAGUGCAAUCUCAUAUUAGUGGAACAAAUUUACGAUACUGCAUCCUUGUAUGGACACUCUUUGAAAGGACAUCACGUGUGCCUUUUAUUAAAAUAUGAUAAAUUUAAACAUACUUUCCUACUCGAAGGUAAAGGCGACAGUGACACGUUACUGUCAGAAGUUGCAGAUGAAGUCUUAGAGAUCAUUGAUGCUCACCAAAUGAUAAAGUGAAGUGUUUAUAUUUUACGAUUCCUAUUCUCAAACAUUGCAUCCAUGUCCAUUAUAUUACUCAACGGCAAAAUGAACACUUUACACAAUUCAUUACAUAUAAACUAAUAGCUAUAGAAAGAAACUUAUCUGUAAACUUAUUAAAUAUUUUCAGAGAAAAAUCUUAUUUAAACUUUACAUCUAAUUUAGAUAAACAAAUUUAUAACAUAUUGUGAAUAUAUACAGAGUGUACCAUACAAUGGUAUCUCUGUGUUUUCAACAGUUUUAAAUCAUUUGUUAGAAAAAGCUGAUACAUCAAAUUAGUUUUUAGUUGUCUUUUUCUAAUAAAUUAUUUGAGACGGUUCAAAACUCGCAGAUACCGUUACACGCUACGCUUUGCAUAUGUAUAAAUAGACACACAUUAUUACAUACAUGUGUGUAUGCGUGUGAGGUAACAUUUAAAAAAAAAAGCAAAGAGAGAUUUACCAUAAUAAAUUGAAGACGUCAGAAUGAAAGUAGUUCAUCUCAUUUCUAGAGGAUUUCGGUUAAUAAAUUGAUGUGCAAUAAUAAGAUAGUAGGUAAUGAAACAGAAUAUUUAUUUUUGAUUAACUUUUUACGAUUUCUUAAUUAAUAAGAGCUUUUUUUGCAUAAUUUACUAUAUGUAAAUAUUUUUUAACAAUUUUGUGGCAAUCUUAGAAAAAACAAUUUUCUUAAGAACAUUGAAAUCAUAUUUCAUAUAAAUCUAAACAACAACUGUCUGUAUAGUUGAUAAUAUUAAACUAUUUUGCCAAAAGUGACAGAAAAGGGUAUAAGUAAAACUAUUGUGUGAAAUAUUAUGUAAUAAGGAUGUUCAUCUGUAAAAUACCUAAAUUACUGUAAUAAACUAUGAAUAUCAUCCAUUAGAAAUUGGCUACUUUAUAAACUGAUAUCUUCAAUUUUAUGUUAUUAAAAGAUUAAUAUUAUAAUUACAUUGUUGAAAUCUAUUAAAUUGUAAAAUACAACCACGGAUAAUCGUGAACUGUGUGAAUGUACAUCAAUGUUUUCAGCAGAAUGUAUACUUCCUGCAUGACUUUGUAAUAUCAGCAAUUUAAUACAUAUUAAGGAUCUAUGCUAAGUAUAUAAAUAUGCAAUACAGUAACGCAUGAAACACCAAAUGUAAAUAGCUAAUACUUACAUGCCGAUAAACAAUAUUUUUAUUUUAAAUAUCUUCCAAAAAUUAAUUUCAUUUACAUAAAGAAAGAAAAUCUCUUAUUAUAUCAUUAAUAUAAUUAUAUGUAACGUUUCACUAUGUCAAUACAUAUUACAUAACUUUAAUUUCAUAUAGCUAUUUAAAUUCAUCAAUAAAAAUAAAGAAUGAUGAAUAAUUGAAGAGAUUGUGAGCAUAAAUGCCAGUAAAUGAUUUUAAAAUGUUAGAAAUAACUUCUGGACACUUAGAUCUAUAUAAUUAGAAAUAAAAAUAUUGCUAUUAUGUAUUUUUGUUUUAAACAUGUUUUUUUUUUGCAUAAAUUGUUUAAAUAUUUGUUUUCUUCUACUAUUUGAGAAUAUAAAUAUAAAUUUUCAUAUCCUGUUAUCAUGUUUGUUGUGCCAAAAAUGAUCAAUCAGUAACAAUUUCGUCCUUGACAUAACAUGUAAAGUAUAAAAAUAUAUUUAAGUCAAUUGAACAUUUCUUUUGUGUUUGCAUUUAUAUAUGAUAUUAAAUAGAUUAUCAGUUUGUGUAAAAUAAGAAUUUUAUAUUUUACAUUAAUUGUAGCUUAUGUAUAAUGAUGUUUAUAAUAUUCGUUUUUACGAACAAUAAUGAUAAUAAUAAUAUUCUGUUAAAUUUAUUCAUAAUACAAUUUUUAUUCUUUGUAUUCGAUAUAAAGGAGAAAUAGAUUUUAUCUUUUGAAAA